AUGGGGUUCGGAAGGCCAUCUGCCGCAAUGGCGGCGCGACUGCAGGUGGACAUUCAGAACGUCGACGCGCGCCAGGAGAAAACCGCUCUUAGCAACGCCGACGCCGCGUUAGCGGUUCGAACGAAAGCUGCUCCUAGCUCCGCGGGAGGAACCGCUUUCUUUUCCGCCUACUCAUUUUCAAAAUUACCCCCGAUGGUCGAAAUCGACCCUGCGAAAAGCAGCAGCAGCAGCAGCGGCGGCAGCGGCAGUGGUGGCAGCGGCCGCAGAGGAGAGGAGGGGGAGGUAGAGGAGGGGCAGUUCGCGCCAGCGGUUAUUUCGGAAGGGCUAAGCAAGGGCAUGGAGGCCUUCGACGAAGAGCUUCAUAACUUUCUCAGUUACGAGGGCGAGGAUGGCGGGGGGGAAGGGGACGUGCGAGCCGCGGUGGCGGCAGCGGAGGUUGUGGCCGCAUCUCCUUCGUCUUCGGCGGGGACGGUGCCUAAGGUCCCUGACUCGCCGGACUUUGCUAAGUACAUCGGGUUCAAGGACAGGCGCGGCGGGUCGCGGUCAACGAAGUCAAUGCGGUCAUCAAGCUCAACGCGGUCAUCGACGAGCUCAGCUCAGCUUGACGUGAGGCAAGCCGCAGCGAAGGCUUCAGCUGCAGUCGCUAACCCCGUUGUAGCACAGCAGGUGCAGGCUACGCUCUAUAACGAGGCGCCUAUUAUCGAGACCGGCGAGCUACAGCAGACCCAACAGCAACAGCAGCAGCAGGCAGAGGCGCAGAGCCAGCAGCAAGCGCUGCGGCGCAGGCUGGGUCCUACCGCGCUGAAGGCCUUCCCCGCGCCCGACGCGCUUCUUACCGCCUCCCCCAGCGGCGGAAAGAAGAAGGUUUCCGCUUUCCGCCAAGCCGCCAUCGCUCGCCACCUCCAAUCCGUCUCCGCGGUAGGCGCGGACGGCUCGCCGAAUUCCGCCAAUUCCGGCACGUUAAGCCCUGCGGAUUCAAAGGGGGAUUCCCCCUCGAAGAAAGCGGUCAUUAAUCACCGUUUGGCCGCCGCCAUUGCCGCCGCGUCUCGCGGAACCAGCGGAACUGGUUCUUCCCCAUCUCCCGCCCAGCUUGCGGCGGCGGCGGGCGCGGCGACGCGGCUAGCGAAGCGCCAUUCCGCCGAUCCGGAGCGUCCCAGCGCUGAUUCCGCCGGAGCGGACAGUGCGGGGAGCGCGGGGGGGAGCACCGGGGGAAGCGGAGGCAGUAGCAGCGCGGGAAAGGGCGUGCCGUGGGAAUUGACGCGGUCGAAAACAGGCGACUCGGGUGGGUCAGCGCAUGGCGAAGAGGGCACUCGCGAAGUGCCGGCGCGCAGUGCGGGGAUGGGGAUGGGGAUGGGGAUGGGGAUGGGAAUGGGAAUGGGGAUGGGGAUGGGAUUGGGGAUGGGGAUGGCGGAAGCCGAGGAGGGCGGAGCGGCGAUCGCGCGGCGGAAGACCGCGGAUCAUUUGCACACCAUGCGGAACGCGCGCGAAGCGGAGAGGGGCAUGCAAUCGCGUUUCCCCUCGUCUCGUUCCACAAUGACCGGCAGCGGCGACAUGCCCGUUUCGCUGGAGGAGCUGUGCAGCGGCGAGAUGGACGAACUAAGCGAUACGGACGAGUUUGGUAACAGUGAUACGGACGGAGACGAUCUUAUCGAGGGGCUGAUUCUCCCGUUAGAAGGUCACGCACUAUCGGAACAGGAUACACGAGGGAUGACUCGAACGAGGUCCCUCGGAAAUCUCGAAUCGGCUCUCGAAGCGGCUGUUGCGGCGGAUCUGGCCGUUUUACCGUUUGAUGCAACGAAGACAAGCAGCAGCGGCGGCGGCUCGGGGGAGCUUACUCGUACGGCGGGAGCGGGAGCGAUUGCAGCUAGGGGAGGGCAACAGGAGUUCAGCACGUUAAAGAGCGCGACGCGGAGAGCUUCGAUUGCCGGAAGCGCUGUAACGGCAGCUUCGGCGGUAGUAGCGGCGCGAGGGAAGGGCUGGGGAGUCAGCCUGCUUCACGCGAGGGAGGCUCUAGGCGGCUCCGGUUCGUUCGACGUCGAUCGACUUGCUAAUAAGCGAGUUGACUUUGGCGGAGGGUUGGGGACACAAACGGGAGGUGUGAGUCGAAUGAAGGAGAGGGGAGAUGUGGUAACGGCGGGGGAGGUGGAGCGCUUUACGAGCGCGUCGGAUUCAGGUGCUUCUCCAGGUGGGGCUUCCGCUGGUUCAGGUGGUGGCGACAGUGGUCGUCUUUCGUCCCUUUCUGCUUCCGCUUCGGGCGGUUCGGCUAUGGAGCUUUACUCCCCGUAUCCGGCUGGUGGUAACCCUAACGAUAUCGCCACGGGCCUGGCUUCCUCUGGCGGCAGCGUUGGCACCGAGGUGUUCAGUGGCGGUUUGGAUCCGUACGGUAUAGCUGCCGUACCUCUUCCCGUGCCUACGCUCUCGCCUCGGCCAUCCAGCUCCGGAGGGGACAGGCCUGGUGCUGCUGGGAGGAGAAGGGACGGGGGGAUGGGGGGAGGGGGAGUCGGAGGUCUGGAAGCGUCUGGGCUUGGGGGGGCCGCAGCGGUUGUUAAGGCGGAAAGGGGGGCGGAAGGGAGGGCAAACCCGGAGAAAAUGGUACUGCGGUGUCCUGUGACUGGAGCGGAAGUGAGUAUGGGCGAUGGUGAUAGCAAGGGGAACCCCCACGGAUCCGCGCAUGCGGGCGGAAGUGGAAGCAUGAGCGGGAGCGGGAGCAUGAGCGGAAGCAGUGGCCGCAGCGGCGGGAGUGUCGGGGGUGUGGGUGCGGGUGCUGCGAAGGGGGGAAGGAGCGGAGAAGUGGGAGCGGAGGAACGAGGGGGCGGAGGGGGAGGAGGAGCGGAGGUGAUGGGGAAAGUGAUAGCAGCGGUGGUUGAAUCACAUUCUCUUUUCUUCACAGACGAGACUUCCAAUGGAACCAAGAUAUGCGACCACCUACUUGCCGCCUUUCUCGACAUCACCGAAUCCCCCAUGGGCGUCAUUGCCUCCGUGCUGCAUCGUCACGAUGGUUCACCAUAUCUCAAGACCCAUGCGGCCACCAACGUGGCAUGGACCCCAGAGCUGCACCAGUGGUGUAUCGCCAACUACGAAAGCGGGCUCGUCUUCACCAACAUGAAGUCCCUUCUCGGAGCCUCCAUAGCCUCCCGCCAGCCCCACAUCUCCAACCAUCCGCUCUCCGACCCGCAGUCCUCGGGAACACCCCCGGGGCACCCAACCCUUAACACCUUCCUCUCAGUGCCUGUCUUCAUGGGCACCGAGCUAGUGGGCGUGUGGAUGGUAGCAAACAAGGAGGGAGGCUAUAAAGAGGAUAUUGUGCAUGCAACAGAGGCACUAUCAGCCACUCUGGGACAAAUCCUGUUUGGAAUCAGCAAGAGGAAGAGAAGGAUGGAGGCCAAGAGCAAGCUGUAUGAGGGGCGCGUGCCGGCUGCUGGGGAAUCCCGUCUGGUGGUUGACGCCUUGGGAACAGUCACAGCGUGCAAUAGAGAGGCGAGCAAGCUUUUCUGCUUGCCCAUACUCGCACCACCGCCAACAGCAGCACCGGCAACAGCACCACCAGCAGCAGCUGGGGCGGUAACAGCAGCAGCAGCAGCUGCUGCUGAUGAGGCUGUUUACCCUCCGGCAGAGCAGAUCGCUUUCCCUGAUCUGUUUUACAACAUCAACUGCAGAGAGGACUUCAUGUUGCUCGGUGUUGAUGCUCAUCUGGAAAACUCCUGCUGGUCCAUGGCACGCCAGUGCACUCCCUGUCCCCCAUACACGCUUCACUACCCUCGCUCACUCGACCUCCUCCCCCCUCGCCUCAAUCCCCUCUCAGGUUUUGACGCUCAUUUGGACAAGUCCUGCUGGUCCAUGGCACGCCAGCGCACCGGCAAGACUCUGCUGGCCCUCGUGCGCAUCACCACUCUCUCAUCCCACUCUCCCUCACCACCCUUACACCCCUCCCCUGAUCCCCUCUCAGGAGUGGACGCUCAUCUGGACAAGUCCUGCUGGUCCAUGGCACGCCAGCGCACUGGCAAGACCAUUCUGGCCCUCGUGCGCAUCACCAAGCAGAACCUCCCCACGGGUGCUGCUUUCAUCUGCUCUGUGUGGGAAAUGAUUCCACCUGAGUAUGCCAAGCUGCUCCGAGCAAACCCAUGA